AUGCAAAAGUAUAAGGAAAAGGCAGUUACCCCACUCAACUAUGUGUAUACGAUUUUAGAUUACCAAAAUAGAAAUGAAGAUAAUACAGAAACUUUUGAAGAGCAAUUUUUAGCUGAUAAUAGUGUGUAA